AUGCCUUCCACAAGGUUUUUAAAUGUUGCUAAUUAUUUUGUUUUAUGUAUUUAUUUCCUCUUCUCAUCAUUAGUGAGUACAGUUUCACCGGGAGCAAACGAUUUACACUUCUAUGACGGUUCUUCUACAGCUGAUAUCAUUGCUGGAGAUGUAUUUUUUGAAAUUUUAGACCCUCCCGAGCUAAGGUAUUCUUAUCGAAUUAGACCAGCUAAAGAUUUUGGAACUCCAUUCAAUGGCAGUAUUUAUUUUGAGAAAGUGCGUUUAGUUCCAACACUCCCAUUGCAUAGUUGUUCAGAUAUAUUGAAUGCAGAUGAAAUAUUUGGCAAUAUUGCUUUGUCUGAGAGAGGAGAGUGCUCCUUUGUAUUUAAAACUCUGAAAGCCCAGCAAGUUGGGGCCCAAGCAGUUAUUAUCACAGAAUCUGUUGAUAAAUGGGAUGAUGCCUUAGAUCACCUUAUUGAGAUGGUGGAUGACAAAAUGGAGUUAGAUGUUAAUAUUCCAGCAGGAUUUCUUCUUGGUCGUAGCGGUGCAACAAUUAUACGAACACUAAGGAGGCUACAAAAAAACUAUGCAAUUGUAAACAUGCCAAUUAACUUGACACACGUGCCAAUAGGGAAAAUGAAACAACCACCAUGGAUAUCAUGG